AUGGAUAUAAUAAUGAUACAAGAAACAAAACUAAACAGAGCAGACAUGGCACAAUUUAGUAAAAAUCUAUAUCAAUGGCAGAUGGAGGCAACAGAUUCCAUUGGGGCAUCGGGAGGAUUAGCAUUACUAUGGAAGAAAAACACAAUAACGUAUACUGGUUAUGUCAAAAUGCAACAUUGGAUGGCAGGAAAAGUUAAAGCAAUCAACAAAGAUACAGAAUUCAUCAUCAUCAAUGUUUAUGGCCCAAUAACCACGGAAAAAAUAAAAGCAGUUUGGUUAGAAAUUAAUCAUUUUUUAACAAAUCAAAAGGCUCCUCACUGCAUUAUAGGGGGAGACUUCAACACUAUUUUAUAUCAAUCUGAGAAAAGUGGAGGUGCCAAGACAAUUAGACAAUCGCAAAAAGACUUCAUGGAAUGGGUAAAUAACAAUUACUUGCUAGAAAUAAAAACUAAUAAGAAUGCACACACAUGGAAUAAUAGGAGGUCUGGCUUUUCUAAUAUAUCAGAACUACUGGAUAGAUUCUUCUUUAAAGGGGACCUAAGCUCCUUUCAAGUCGAGAUGAAGGCCUCGGUUCUCCCAUGGUCAGGAUCAGAUCAUUUUCCAGUAUUGCUGGAACUUAUGGGGGAACUGAAUAUCAGUAGGAGACCUUUUAAAUUUGAAAAUAUGUGGCUCAUGCAUGAAGAUUUCCUACCAAAUAUACAAAAAUGGUGGACAAAAUGUAAUAUCCAAGGUUCUAAAAUGUUCCAAAUAACCUUGAAACUAAAAGAAAUAAAACAUAAAUUAUUAGUCUGGAACAAGGAAAGAUUCAAAAAUAUCUUCGAAGAAAAAUUAAGAAUUGAAAAAGAAAUGGAUGAAGUAAAUAUAGAAGUCAUUAUGCAUGGAAUGGAUCAACUUUUAUAUAAUACAGAGAAAAGGCUUCUAAAGGAAUAUGAAGAUAUCUUAACCAAGGAAGAAAUCUUUUGGAAGCAAAAAUCCAGACAAGUAUGGCUAAGUGAAGGGGAUAAUAAUACAAAUUUUUUUCAUAAUAGCGUUAAAGUGAGGAGAGCUAAAAAUAGAAUCACACAAAUUGCUAAUGGAGAAAACCAGAUUAUCACAGAUCCAAAGAUGAUUGCGGAAGACGCUACCCAAUACUUUAGUAACAUACUGAAUAACUGGGAACAUUCAGACCUGACGCACAGUUAG